GUUCUCGCGAGAAUUCUAUUCGUGUCCUUGCUAAGUCCGAAAUGGGGUACUGGGACCUACCGGAAGGCACAAAAUGUGUGGAAAAAAUAUGGAUUACUACCAAGCUGGCCACGGCUUUGGGCCUGGUUGGUUCAGCUUAUCACAUAGUGGCAUUCCAACCUGACUCUGCAUUGGCAGCAUUACAGAGGGCCACCAACUCAACAGUUACCAUGGCUGCCAUGGGAGCCAUCUUUGGAAUGGCAACAUGUCUCAGUGCUCAGGCCCGUGACGCAAAAGAUGACCCACUGAAUUAUUUUAUCGGCGGUUGUGCCUCAGGGAUUUUUCUGGGAGCACGAACCCACAGUGCUGCAACUGGUACAUCAGCAUGCCUGGGUCUUGGAACACUGGCUUACUUUACAAAAGCCGGCAAGAUGGAGGGAUGGAGACUUGCUGGACCCCCUAAACUAUAGGAGGAAGAAGACCAGAAGAUUAAGUGAUAUAUUGUAAAAACAAAAAACAAAUGUAAUAAAGUUUUGUGAAAAUGCCAAAACAAA